AUGCGCUUCAUAGCCUUCACCAGCCAGUUCACUGAUGUGACAGACGUCGUGAUCGGCCUGGGCCGUGUGUUCGUCCUGUCCCGUGGCGGCGCGGACGGCAACAGCGUCCUCUUCGAACUUCGGGAGAAGCCACUGGAAGAGCGACUAGAUGUGCUCGUGAGGAAGCGGAUGUUCGAGUGGGCUGCAGAGGUGGCUUUGUCUUGCAAUGCCGCGCCAGAGGUGACUGCCGACAUCUACCGGCAGCAUGGCGAUGCGCUCUUCGAAAAAAGAGCAUAUGAUCAGGCUUUGGGCGUCUACGUGAAGACCGUGGAGUUGGGCCUUCCGCUGGAGCCAUCCUAUGUCGUGGAGAGAUACCUGGAUGCGCAGAGAAUCGGCCAUGUGGCUCAAUACCUCAAGAAGCUGCACGAGAAGACACCGCAGGAUGCUGCUGGCGAGGCUCUCGAUAUGCUUCGUUCACUGCUGGUGGCGCACAUCGGCAAGCGCUCCAAGAGUGACAUCCUGAGCAUUAUGGCAGAUCCCAGUUUGCCUUUUCGCCUUUACCCAGAGCACCAGAGGCACUACGAAGAGUACCUCACUGCCUUUGAGGAGGUGCAGAUUCCUCGGGCCCUAGGCCGGAGACUGGAAGAUACGGAGAAGGCAGAGGUGGCCCAUAUGGAGAACAUAGCGGGCGAGGGCUUCUUGCCUCGCACGACUCUGGCUGCAGUUUUUGCCCGGGCAGCCUACGGAGCGCUGAUGCGCCAAGGCGCUGGGGACCGAGUUCGUGGGUUCCUUGGUGGUGCUGCUCGAUCAGCCGCCGGCACAUGGGAUGCAGAGGCACACACCGAGGCUUUCGUGGAGCUGACCGGCGCGCAGCGGGCGGACAUAGUAAAGGCACAGUGGACGGAAAGACCGUUUGAACCGGCUUACGUGGUCUUCUGGGUCCAUCGGAUGCGCUGGUUGGUGCUUGCGGUGCGAGGAUCUUGCGAGUAUAGCGCUGUGCUGACCGAUGUUGCUGCCGAGGAGAGCCUUGUCGCGGGCGGUUUGGCCCACAGCGGGAUGGCACGUGCAGCAAGGUGGAUCCUCAGCACUGCUGGGGCCUGCAUGGCCUCGGCUCUGCAGAACAUCCCAGAGUACCGUCUCAUCUGCACAGGGCACUCCCUUGGAGCGGAUGUGGCCGAACUCGUGGCCAUCAUGCUGCGAGAGGGCGACACCGGCGCCGUCUCCAUUCCUAAGAGCUGGGGAUCUAGCGCAGAUCCAGAGGCUCUGGAUGCCUUCCUGAAUGUUGAGCCUGUGCUCGAGAAGGGCUACAAAGCAGAUGCGGGCAAGAAUGAUCUGGGCACAGACUACCCAGUCGCAAUGCGGAAGGCCUUCGCCUACGGCUUUGGUGCAUCGCCGAUUGUGUCACCAGAGCUGGCUAGCCGCUGCGCUUCCUAUGUCAUGUCCACAGCCUUCGAUGCCGAUUAUAUCACGCGUGUCUCUGUCUUCGGCAUCGACAAGCUUAUUCUGCAGCUUACGGAACGGAGCGCGCCAAACAUGGCCAAGCAGUGGAUAUUUCAGAAACUUGGACGCGCAAGUGAAGGCACCUCCACCAGCCCUCGUCUGAGGGCAUUCGGUGCCGAGUCCCAGGUGCCGGAGGCCGUUGGUUGUGGACCAGGCAUCCAGUACACUGUACACGUCUUUCAAACUAUGAGCCAGCACCCGAAUAGCAACAAGGGCCCCGUCAUGGGAAAAGACAGCCUUUUUGCUGCCUUUGAUUUUGCCGACGGCAGGGCGGAAAUCGCAAACCCCUUCCAAGAAUCAUCCCACGCCGAGCAUCACCUGCAGCAUUUGCCUCAAGCAAAUGUGAAGAUAAUCGUAGUCUCUGUGAUCUCUGUGAUGCCUACUCCAGAGGUUUCGCCCGAAGUUCGUGCCCUGCAGCAUGAAUUUGCCUUGCUCCGGGAACAGAUCCGCGAGGAGUUCCUGGACAUUGCCGAGCGACUAAAAGCCUUGGAGACCUCCAAACUGGAGCUUUCAGGGAACGGGCUCAGGAACCGGCCUCCGGAGCCGGAGGACACGAAGAAGAACAGCGAGAAGAAAGAGAAGGAGAAGCUAGAGGACGACCUUGAGCUGCAGCUUGGAUCCGAAGUCGAUCUGGGGACUCAAGUUGGUCCUGUGCACUUCGGCGAGAGUGCCUGGACUUUCCCAGUCAUUCUGGGUUUGACCAGUGCAAGUGCACUCGAGGUGGUUUUUGCAGUGCUGCUCCUGCUGAUAAACUUGGGAAUGCAAGUCAUGUUUGCAGAGGUUAUUCUUGGGCCCAGCUUCAUGGGGUCGCCUUUCGAAGAAGAAGUUGACACAGCCAGACGGUGGCGAGCAGGAAUUGCGCAUGACUACAAGUACAUGGAUUUGCAGCAGACCAGUCUUGCCACUCGGGUGUGCAGUGCAGAUGGCGCCCUGAUCUUGUCAACGGUUCAAGCUGGCAUGCGAGUGCAGAAGAUAAGUAAGAGAAGUGAAUACCCUGCACAUGCAACGCUGGUCAAUCACAUCAACGCCUUCAUGGGACUGAGCACCGGUGAUUUUGUUCCGGGAACCUAUCAGCCUGGUAUUCUGCUUUGCGUUCUUUGCAUUCUUCUUUGGAGCCUGUGUGUAUACAAAGAGUUCAGGAAUAUUCUCUUGUCUGUGGAAGCUAUCCUAACGGUGCCUCUCACACCAACGACCGUAUAUAGAGACAAUACACUUCACAGUCUGUCUAGGACACGCCAGCAAGUCCUGCUGGUCACGUUUUUCACACGUACUGUGAUAGCUUCUGUGCUUCUCAUUGCUGGAAUCAGAUGGCUCGCCCGAACUACGUCGAUCACAGAUUUGAUGCUGAAUGCCGUGGCACUGAAUGCUAUUCUGGACGUUGACGAGUGGUUAUUUGCUGGUUUCUCCCCUAUUUCCAUCGAGCUGUCGGUGAAACAGUUAAACCCGAUCACCGUCAGCUACAGUCAACGCAGGAGUCAAGCCGAAGCGGUUGGACUGUUGGCUCUGCUCCUCACAACGUUGCUCAUUCCGUACGUCGUUCUGCUCCAGCCAUUGGGGCAGACGAUGAGUGACGUGAAAUGGGAGAUGUGCGCUGGUAAUCAAAACUUCGUCGUGGUGCAGAAUGCAGAAACGCAAGUGAUCACAGGCAUGGACACAACGAAUUAUUCGGUGGUCGAUAUCUCAGUAAUUGAGCGGGCAGUGCAGCGACAGAUCCACUCUGCUCGUGAGGAAGUAUCAUACUACAUAUCCUUCCAGCCUGGGCAGCAGCAGUUUGAGCUUCAGAAAAAUCACGACAUGCACUCUGACCAGGAGCAGUGGACAGCCUGCGUGGAGACUGACUAUUUGCAACCAGGAGGUUACCUUUACGGGGAUCCUCUUAUGGGGACUUUGGUCCCUCCUCGUCUUCAUACUGCCCUGGCCAUGCUGGGGGACUUCCGCGAGGUUGGGAACUGCACUGAGGUCCAACAUCUCUGCGACCUGCCUCAAGCGCGCCUGCUGCGGAUGGUCUGUGGCGCCACCUGCGGCUGCACCGAUCCCUUGAGCCAGCCAUUCCACAAGGUGAUCAGGGGCGGUUGCACGGAGUCCUGCUUGAAACUCAAUGAGCCGCUGCUGGGCCAAGUUGCAUGCAAAGACCAGGUGCCAGGAGAGGGCGAGAGCUCCGACGGGUGGCAGGCCCGAUGGGAAAGCUUUUGGGACAUCUACCCAGAUGCUUUGUCUGAUUUCUUCGGCAACGACAUGUCGCAGACUGUGAUUUAUUCAAACAUCAAGAACCUUGUCGCUGAAAUGAAAGUCAGAGGAUGCCCGGGUCUUUCAGACCCGACCCUUCAGUUCGAAAUCACCAGCUCAGCCAAGUGGUGCGAAGGCUUCGAGCCCUUGUUCCGACCUUUGGCCUACAUUUGUCCAGAGAGCUGCGGCUGUCACUCGUCGUCGGUGGCGCUGCCGAACCACUGUCCCAGCCCCUGUGGAAAUGUCACCGCGUGA